AUGUCGGAAUCCUACGUCACCCUCAUCUCAAUGGCUGCCAUGAAAGCACUCCCAGAGCAGAACGUCAAGACCUUCCUUCCUGAUGCCUUGCACUUCCAGCGAGCAAUCCAGAAUGUUCGAGUCAGAGAUAUCGAAGUUGAAAUGCCUCUUGUCCAAAGGAAAGGCGCUCCUGAAGACACAAUAGACUAUGCUCCUGUUCAGCAAGCCUGGUGGGACGCUAUCCUUCUUGCCUAUGAGAACAGCAAACAAUGUCCUAUGCGUAUGCCUCUUGAAAUGCGCAUCAUGGGCGGCAGCGACGUGAUCAUGGCACCCCAGCGCGGAAAUUCCCUUGGUACGUGUAGCAUCGAGGUGUUGACCCUACACAGCGCAGCAGACAUUUGGGAACCAUUUGCGCAAUCGGUCUUGGAUAAGUGGAUGGCACUCAAGGAUCCCUCGACAGGCGAAAGGUUGAAGACUCGCCCUCAUUGGGCUAAGGAGUGGCAUGGGUACAAGGUUGAUGGCAAACCGUGGGUUGAGAGGCUCAAGGCAGUGGAUUAUAAGGACGAGAGACAAGAGUUUCUUCAGGCGCUUGCUGAAAUUGGAAAGAAAGCUGGUUGGUCGUUGCAGGAUUUGCAAGAGAGAUUCUCGAAUGAUCUAUUCAAUGAGUUCUUCUUUGAUAAGAAGCCGCAGAACAAUUGA